GCAAUCAGUUUACAGCAAGUUAGCGACGUGUUCGUAUGAUAUAAAUAUUCUUGCUCUAUCAUAAGUGUCACCGUAUUACAUAAAUACAACCGGUGCCUAAGAUGCUUUAACUUUCAUUGCUUUUUAAUGUAAUUGCGAUAAGAACUUGUUUAAAUAUACUCUAUUUUGUGGUGCUGUGUAGUGAUAAGUGCAGUAAUCAUGAAGCGUUUUUUUCCCGGUUAUUUAGAGCUACUCUUCUUAGUGAUGAGCAUUGCAUACAAUGCAGAUGCGCGUUCCAAAUCACCCCUCAUGGAUGACGAAGGUGGAAGGACGAAAAAUAAGGCCGCAGAGUGCGUUUUCGGGAAGCAAGUACGAGAGUUGGGUUCGCAAUGGGUGCCAGAUUUGGGAGUUCCAAUUGGCGUUUUGUAUUGCAUGAAAUGCGAAUGUGUGCCGUUUCGCAAGAAGCGACGAAUCGUGGCCAGAGUGCAGUGCCGCAGCAUCAAGAAGGAGUGCCCAGUUCCAUCGUGCGAGGAACCGGUGCUUCUACCGGGACGAUGCUGCAAAAUUUGCCCCGGCGAUAACUACAAUCCUGACGUUAUACAAGACGUUGUCCCCCAAAACACGGUCGAAGAGGAGGAAAGAAGCAGCAAGCAUUUUGCUGCCCUUUUAAGCGGUCGUUCAUCUCUCAUUCUAAAAAAUGACGACAUGCAGUUAAUGCCAAAUGACCAAAAUAAAAAUAAUGUGGUCGCAACGGGAAGAUUUACAUUUCAAAAGAAGAACUUAUAUUAUUCAUUCUACAUAUCGGACAAAGCUGCUCGCCCUCGUUCUUUACAGUUUGUCGACGGCGAAGGUACCAUUUUGGAGGAACAUACUCUUUCCGGUGUCGGCGGUCUUGUUAAUAGCUUGUAUCAGAACGCUACCAGAAAGGUAUGCGGAGUGUGGAGGCGAUUACCACGCGAUUAUCGACGUCUUCUCAAAGAAGAACGUAUGUUCGCCGUUUUGGUAUGGGGCGUAAAGGAUCAGGCCGAAUUUACACUGAGUGGUCAAAUUAUGAAGUAUGUGGCCUUGGGAACUGAACUGUUUAGUUCUUUAUUGGAACCCGCGCCCGGUUCGAACUCAUUAAUGAUGUCAGGAGCUGGUGGUACCGCUAUAGUGUCCGCCUCGACCACAGUUUCACCCUCAAUUCACAUCGCCGUAGUGUUCAACGGAAUUUUCUUACCGGAUGAAAUAUUGGACGUUCCUGUCACGAUUAACCUGUCGCUGGAUGAGAAGAAGCAAGUCAUUUUGGAAGAAAAGAUUCGAGUUCAAAAACCGGCGCGCGAAUUGAAUGUAAUUGAAGUAAGCUCCCCAGUAUCGCCCGCAGAUCUUCGACUUUUAACGCGAGGUCGUUUGGUUCUUUCAGUUUCAUCUGUAUCGAAACCACAAGUGUUGAGGCUAAGCGGGAACGUUAUAACAAAGGCCACGUGCGAGUUAUUUCAAACCACCCUUAAUUCUGCGCCCAACGAUCGCGCAGUUAACCUUCCUGGUAGUUCGGGGUUAGCUUGGCUGUUCUUAAAUAAUGAAGGCUCACUGGUGUACAGCGUGCAGGUUGAGGAUCUAAUCGAGGAGCAGAAACCGAUCUUUAUCACUUUAGUUGACGUGACUACCAAGCGAAAGAUGGAGUUAGAAGAUUUGACUCCCGAUUUCGUAGAUGGGUGGGCGAAUGGUACGGUUGAUAAGCUCAGUCCGCGAGUGUUGGAACCGUUGUAUUCGGGAAAUUUGGCAGUUAAUGUCGCGAGCCAGAGUGAGAAUAAUUUGUUGCGAGGUCGGCUAGUUGCGCGAUUAGUGGCGGAUGCGCGUGAUGCACCAGCUCCCAUGCUCCUCAAGAGAGUGGAUAAAACGUUACCACCGUCCGCCGUUGGAAUAUCGUGGAUUACAGUCGAUAAUUACUGCCACAUGCAUUACGACAUUACGUUGUCCGGCAUGGGGUUGACUGAUAAAAAAUAUCAACUGUCUCUUGAUUUACUUCCAAUGAUUGCGCCAGGUGCGCCUGUCAUCACCCACAUUUUGGACGAAUUUAAUGGAAAUCAAGUAGAAGGAAGCCCGACCGAAACCCUACCCAAAGAAGAAUUAGUGCGCCUAGAUGCUGGAGUUGUUUUCAUCAAUAUCAAAGAGAAAACCACCAAAACUACUUUGCUAUCGGCCACACUGCGAGAGCUGCAAGUACCCGCAACUUGCCUGUCGCAUAUUACCGAUAACAAUGUUCCAACUCUAUCUCUGGACUCGGACGUGGCGGAGAACGGCGCAUGUUUUCACGAAAGAAAAUUCUACCAAGAAGGGGAUCAGUGGACCACAAGCGACCCGUGCACCAUGUGUUACUGUCAAAAUGGCAACGCUAAAUGUGAUACCUCGGCCUGUCCAGAAAUAGUCUGCCCUACAAGCUUUAAAAUAAAAGUGCCCGGCGAGUGUUGUCCUAUUUGUUCUAAUUCCACUACGUCUCAAGAAAGUAACACCAGUGCUCCUCGUGGAUGUACGUUCGGUGGAAUGUUUUACACGGCGGGUAGCAGGUUUCAUCCGUUUUUAAUACCGAACGGUUUCGAUCUUUGCACCGAAUGCCACUGUGAUUCGACACUAUUGGAGGUGAAAUGCACGAGACAAAGUAACGAGAAGAAGUGCUGUAAGCAUUGUGUCGAUACAUCUAAGGCGAUGAUAGACUCCGAAAAUGGGACAUACGUCAGUGAUCUUAGUACUACACACGUGGUGGUCUCGAAGGAUGCGCAAAGUAUUGUGUCGUACAAGACGCCGCAACAGGUACUUUCGGAGGGCGGUUGCAAGAAUCCCAGUAAUCCGAAUAAACCGUACGAAAAUGGGCAAAAGUAUCACCCUUGGAUUGCGUCACUUGGCGAAUACAAAUGCGUUACCUGUAAAUGCAAGAAUGGUAGCCAAUCGUGUGAGCGCCAACGAUGCACGAGAGCAAUUUGUCAUAAAAUGUUCAAACCGAGGCAUAAUGGUAUGCAAAGUACGACAAACGAGUUCUGUUGUUCACAGCAGCAAUGCAAACACUUUCGACGGCAUCAUAGGGCGCGAAAUAGUUGAGUGACGUAUGUGUAAAUUAUUCGGGAAUACAUUGUAUAAACAAUAUGCACCAAGUGAUGAUACAAUGUUAUCGAGAGAUGCAACUUUGACGGACCGCAAGUCUGAGUUACCCUUGUACCAAAGAAGACUGAGGCAGUUGGAGAAGAAAGCUUGAGCUGUCAUAUUUAUUUCUAGUGUAAAUUAUUGUAAGAUACAGAUUUAAUGUACAUUUAAUUGAGAAAAAGAAUUUGGCAUACUAAUACCGAACCGAAAGAGACCUUAAUUUAAGUUAAUUUAUUUUUUCAUUAAGUUAUAAUUGUAGCGACGAUGACUGCGUAAGGUAGAGUUAGAAAUUGUCAAUUUUAUGAGUGUGUUAUUCCACGGAGCAGAGACAGAACACAAUACUCACCGGAGCGAAAGGCUGACCCGUAGCAAUACGAAAAAAGGGCAUAAAGUAUUGUAGCCAUUAUUGUUAACAUAUCAAAUGGUGCCAUCCACGAAAAAACGACGCUAGGUACUUAAAUUGUGAUGCCGAAAGAGCGUGGCAUUUCUUUUAAUACGUAAUUUGGAAUCUCUCCAUGCAAUUCUACAGUAUUUCCUUUAAUUAAGGUAGUUUUAGGAUGUGUGCGCAGCGUGAAUGUGAUUUUUACUUUAUAUAAGAACGUGUAAAUAAUAUGUUGUAAUUGCAUCUAUAAUACAUACUUUAUACACUGAAACUAAUUUUUGUGUAUAUAUAACUGAAAUCGUAAUGUUAAUUUAAAUUUAACAAACAUAAAUAUAGCACACUCACUGCUUGCAUUUUAAAAGUAGAGGUCAGUUUUGCACCCUACAAUAGUGAUAGCAAGUUUUCUAGAAUACAAAUUGUUAGGGUGUAAAAGAAGCGAAGAUUUGAAUGUUGGUGUCGAUGCAGAAAUAACUCAUAAGAUGAAUUAUAAGUGUACCUGCUAGCUAGAAAAAUAUAUGCUUCCAACACU